UUAAGAAGCAGGGGCUGUGAUUGUUUAUUCAUCAUUCGACGCGCAUCGUGAACGACGACGCCGAGGCCGUCGCCGUCGCGGCUGAAAAAAAGCGUUUGGUAAAAGUCCAGUACGCAUAACGAACUCUCGCCUCGCCAGCCCGCGCGUCGAGAUCGCAGAAAAGGCGAGAUCCCGGUUUGCGAACCUUCCUUCUCACCUCGGCAGAGACCCGGUCGUCAAUUUCGGCAGAUCAGACAACUGUACCCGGCCGCUGAGUCCCCCGAGAUUUCGAUGACUCCCCCGCGGCGUUGUACCGGCGACGAAUUCGAUUGGCCGUCUCGAUCGAUCCAAAAAUAGCCAAAACCGAGACUCCCGGUUUAUCCGAUGCGUCUCCCUCAGCAAACUCGCCAGCCAAUCCGCUGCAGCCAUUCCUGCACGUCGAAAGUAAUAAACUCGACCACGGUUUUCGGUCUCCCUCGGCCAAUCAGAACCCGGAAUUGGCCGAAUGAAAUCCGAAUCCGCGCUCGUGAGUCGAGCGAAGGAACAACUGCGAGCAUCGUCGCGUGGUGGGGGGGCAUAUUCGCACCCGCUUCAACGCAACACACCUCUCAACUCCAACCGAGAAUAAUGUCCUGCAUCGCUGCCGCCGGCCUCAUCCCCCUCCGCGCCGCCCCCGUGCGCCGCGCCGCCUCCGCGAAGUCCUCCAAGGUGCGCUUCCCCGAGGAGCGCGCGCGCUCGCACCCGCGCGCACCACCGCGCACGGGUGACUCGACACGCGCCUCCGGUCGCGUUCGCGCGGAGCGAACCGGCGCUGCGUCGCACGCGCGAUUUCGCCGCGCCCCGCGAGUCCUCGCCAGAUCGCCCCCCGACCGGGCGAUGACGUCCCCCCUUAUCGCUAACCCGCGCGCUCGUCCGCGACUGGCGACGAAAUUCUCACCAAUCCCUCCCCCUCCGCCCUCCCCUCCUUCGCAAACUCAGGCUGUCGUCGUCGCUCCCCGCGCCGCCGCCCGCACCGAGGUCGUCGCCAAGGCUUCCCCCCAGAAGCUCGCCGCCUCCGUCGCCGCCUCCUUCCCCGCCUUCGCCGCCCCCGCCGCCUUCGCCGCGCAGGAGGUGAACCAGGUUGCGCUCGAGGGUGUCAACAUCCUCGGCGUGAUCGCGACUGCGCUCUUCAUCAUCAUCCCCACCUCCUUCCUGAUCAUCCUCUACGUGAAGUCCGCGUCCGAGGGCAACGUGUCCGGUGGCUUCUCCCAGAAGUACUACGACGAGUCCAAGAAGCGCGGCGACAAGAAGACCAACGAGGCCGCGGUGCUCAAGGGCAAGGGCCUCGGCAUGCGCCCCUCCAAGUAAACUCCGUCAUCGAUUCGUCAGAGAGCGCGGGAGUUCGCUGAUUUACGGAGAGCGAGCGAUGGUUUUGUGUCAGAGUUUUGGCUUAGAGACGGUGGAUUUUUCGUAGCGCUAGCAUUCGCCUGAAAGCCCACCUGAGAUGUACCCAAUA